UCAAUUGUCGACGUCAGGAUUUUGCUUAUUUUAUAUAUAAGACUAAAUCAGUGAAUUAUUAGUGACAUUUAAUUAUUAUUUGGAUCAUCUCGUUUUGAACAACAAGUGUCUCUGUUAUUCAAAGCUAGCAUUAAAGAAUAAUUGUUCAUUUUUGUAUCAUAUUUUGCUUUUGAUGCAGUAUACAUUCUUAAAGUUUCUUAAUUUGAUUUGGUAAAAUGAUAUCGUGUGCAUAUUCCAGCAAUGCAAGGGAUGUCAGAUGUAGCUUAUAGAUUUGAUGCAACGCCUCGCUAUCAUUUUUUUCUCUUUGAGGCAGAGCGGCGAAUGUGACCUGAAUGCAGGGCAUGAUUUAGUAAUGGUAUGAGACGCAAAACUCAUUCAAAGCUGUCGGUUCAAAAAUCCUGAGGACCCAUUCGCACUCAGAGCAUCGCAGAUCUGUGGAAGCGGUUUACUGCGUCUCUGUAACCAUUUAUUGGGAGAUUUAAGGUGGAUACUCGCCUGCACCAUACAUUUUGGUGUUUUCUUUUCUCUACGUAAGGAUUGGUCAUGGGAGAAACCAUGGAUUGAUAAUUUUUCUCGGGGUGUCGGAGACUAAAGACAUACGCCGGCGCAUGGGCGUUCGUUUCAGCACCCCAGCCUUGAAUGUGUCGCUGGUGCGGGGAAUCUUACAGCACAUAUCUGUCGCUCGGUCUGUUCCUGAUAGAUAGGGGGUGGCGGACGGAGACGGGGCAGGAGGGAUACGGUUUGUGGCGAGUGUGUUAACGAAAUAGUUUACUGCAGCAUUCACAUUUCACUGCAGUGAAAGAUAUAGAGCAGGGCGCGCUCACCACUGCAAUUUUUGGGCAAAGAUUGACUGGCAGCGUCUUGCGGAUACCCGCCUGUGUCUUCGGAGGAGAGAACAUCCACUACUUUUCCUACAUUUUUAGGAUGCGCUUCACAGGGGAUUUGUAUUAACCCAACACCAUUACGCCGUUUCCGGUUCCCAGCUGGUAUUUCCCUAUUGCAAAUUUAUCGGAAAACAGCAGCGGAUCCCGAUGGCAUGGACACUUACGCAAGGUCUGCCGCGCCGCCGUGCUACUGGAGCCUAUUCGCAGUUUCUUCCUUCAACCCAGCUCCACCGCCAUCGCCCCGCAGCCCUGCCGCAACGCGACCACCGACCAUCGAGCCAAAGCAGGCGGCAUGAGGAGGCUUGAUUCGGUACACUUAUCCAUGCUGCUCAUCGGGGUCUCCUUCGCCUGCUACUCCCCGAGUUUGAAUUCCCUGCAGGACCAGGCUUACAGAUCCGCCGUGGUGAUUGAAGGCAAGGUGCAGUCCGCGCCCCAGAACGCAUCCGAGGAGCCGUACAGUGUGAAUGUCAAAGUCCUGGACGUGUGGCCGCGGAACAGCGGGGGUUUAGAGCGGGAGCAGCUCGUCACCGUGGGGGAAUUUGGCUCGGAGACUCCGUGCGCUAAAGUGAAAAAGAAUCACAAGUAUAUAUUUUUCAUGGACCCCACUGACGAGCCCUUGGUUUUCAAAGCAUCCUUCGCUCCCUUAGAUACAAGUGGGAAGAAUCUGAAAAAAGAUGUUGGAAGGAUCUUGUGCAAAGACUGCGAUGCUGGUCCUACACUGAGGGCUAUGAAGAGUCCUGUGUUUGUGGGCGAGGGACGCAAACUGAUCGUAAAGUGCGAGGCCUCUGGCAAACCCACCCCAGAGUACAAGUGGUACAAAGAUGGCGCUGAGCUAAAAAGGAGCAAAGAGAUCAAAAUCGGCAGGAAGGGCAAAAAAAACUCCAAAGUCCAGAUCGACAGUGCAAAACUGGAGCAUUCUGGGAAUUAUACAUGUGUUGCAGAGAAUCUUCUGGGGAGGGAUAACGGCACCAGUACUGUGCACGUACAAAGCAUAACCACAACGUUAUCUCCGGGAUCGGGCCAUGCACGAAGAUGCAACGAUACAGAGAAGGCAUAUUGUGUGAACGGCGGUGACUGUUACUUCAUACAUGGUAUAAAUCAGCUGUCCUGCAAGUGUCCAAAUGACUUUACUGGUGAUCGCUGUCAAACCUACGUUAUGGCCAGUUUCUACCAGUCUCUUGGGAUUGAAUUUAUGGAGGCAGAGGAGCUCUAUCAGAAGAGAGUCCUGACAAUCACCGGCAUAUGUGUGGCUCUUUUGGUGGUGGGCAUUGUCUGUGUGGUGGCCUACUGCAAAACCAACCUCCCUCCCAGGAAACAGAGGAAGAAGAUGCACAAUCACAUGAGGCAGAACAUGUAUGUGGAUCACCCCAACCGUAACCUGGCCAACGGACCCAACCACCCAGGUCCUGGUCCUGAGGAGAUACCCAUGGUAGAUUAUAUUUCCAAAAAUGUUCCGGCAACCGAAAGAGUCAUUAGACACGGACCAGAGGCACCUUUUCCCGGCAGCCGGCAGUCUUCCAGAUCUCACAACUCCUCCACCCGGGCCCAUUCCUCCACUCACAGACAAGAGGGGAGAACGUGGAGUCUGGAGCGAACAGACAGCGUCCUCUCCGACUGUCCUUCGGGCAUGAUGUCGUCCUCAGUGGGGACCAGUAAAUGCAACAGUCCUGCGUGCAUGGAGGCGCGGGCCAGGCGUGCCGCACACUGUGGCUUUACUGAGCCCCACCGGCAGCCCCUGCAGUAUGGCGACUCUUUCGACUCACUUGGGGACUCUCCGCAUAGUGACAGGUAUGUGUCCGCCCUGACCACACCUGCUCACCUGUCUCCAGUGGACUUCCAUUACUCACUGCCCCCGCAGGUGCCUACCUUCCAGAUCACGUCUCCCAACGCCAGCCACGCCAUGUCUCUGCCACCCGCCGCUCACGCUCCUUACCCGCCAGAGGAGGACCAGCCGCUGCUGCGCCGCUACCAGGUGCCGCUGCACGAGGCCCGGGGCCACGAGCCCUACCGGCAAAAGCAGCGCGGCAGCUACCUGCGAGACAGCACGGGCAGCCUGCCCUCCAGCCCCUACCGGCUGGCACAGGAGGAGGAGUACGAAAGCACCCAGGAGUACCUCUCCUCAAUGGAGCAACCAAAGAGAAGCAGUCGGCGCUGGCGCAGGUCCAGACUGAACGGGCACGUGGCGCCGCGUGACUACCAGCCAGCCCGGGACCUGGGCUCACGCAGCUGCCUGUCAGACAGUGACUCAGAGGGGGAGGAAGGAGAGAACACGCCCUUCCUCAGUAUGCAGAACAUGAACGCCGCCGAGCCCUCCGCCAUCUACAGGCCCGUACCAGACACACGGACUUCUCACGCCCAGAGCGGGCGGCAUGGGCCUCGUGCCAGCACACAGACCAGACUGACACACUCGCGCUCCAAACUGGACAGUGCACCCCACUAGAGAGACCGCCACCUAUCCACAAAGUCAAUCUACUAUAGACAUGCACCUAUAAGAAAUAUUUUUAUUUUAUAUAACUGACAGAUAUUCUAAACAAAUGAAAUAUUUAUUUUCAUUUUAGCAAAAGUUGUCUACUAGUUAACAGCAAAGACUUUUUUUAUAGGGAAAACUCUAUUUAUAUGUACAUUUUGAUUUACAGCAUAAAAAAGAUGUGCCAAUUUUUUCACAACUUAAAAAAAUAGAGUAAUAUUGUGGUGCCUUUUGCUGUAUGCCGAUUCCAGAGGGCCAGUGGAGUUUUUUGUAGCCUUUCUUAUACGGACGCCUCAUUUUUAUACUCGUUUACUCUUUUCGUUGUCUCUUUUUGGCCUUUUCCCUUAAUUUCCUUUCCAGGUUGUGUUCUUUUGGGAGGUGACCCCCAUCUGAACUGUGACAUUGCCCUCCUUUGCCCCUACCAUACCCCACCAUCAUGCAAUAUAAACCACUCUGACAUAAGGUGUAUGUUUACAUGAAUUUGAUCCACGAAGAUGUUAUAUGGUCAUGUUGCUUUGCCGACAGGAAAUCAAUGACAAAUGCAAUCGAGGGUCCAUCUGUGUCGAAAGUGGUGUGAAACUAAUUUGCGUGUGUGAGCGAAGCGUCGAGGCGCUUCAUUUGACCAAACGUGCACUGCAGAAAUUAUUUUAUUCAUCAGGUUAUUUUUGUCUUGUUUUUUAUAUAAUUCAACCUUAAAACAAGAUAAAUGUACUUCAGAGGAAAAAAUUGUGUGUUUUAAUUUCAACUAAUUGUCGUCUGCAAAUAGAUUGUUCUUGUUUAAAUGCAAACUAACAUUGUUUAGUGCUUUAAACAUGAGUCAAGUCUUCUUAUCUUUACCCUCUCAAGUACAUUAAUGAUGUUUUUAAAAGAUGUUAUUAAAAGAAAACAAGACAGAAAUACAGAUUUUUGCAGUGUGUGUUGCUCCUCUAUGCAGAGCGAGCGAGAGGCCGAGGACUGACUGUGGUUCUGUUAUAUAUAUUUAUAUAUAUGCUGCUGUUGUUUCGAUUUGCGCAUGUGGGCACCUGAUGUUUUUACAGCUGCCCUGCCUUGAUUUGCAUUGCAUCCCUACAGGGUAAGGUUUGUCACACGGGAGCCUUCUCUUUCCAAAGGGGGUUGUGGGUAAACGAGAGGGGGCCGUGGGCCGGGCUAGCAGCUGGUUAAGUUGAACUUGCCUGUCAGUACUAAUAGCUUUUGACAGAUAACAAAGAAAUAAAGAACAUAUAGUCUCUCACACCCACCUUCCCUCAUUAUCAACACAUCCAUCCGGUUAGUGUGGCCAGCAGAGAGAGAUAGACAUAAUGAAGGUAGAGAGAAAGAGAGAGAGAGAGAGAAGGAGGGACGGAAAGUCUCACAGCGUCUCAGGACUUCACUCCACUGCACAUCUUCCUCUAGCACAGGACUGAGAAGAGCCUGACAUCAAGUUUACGGGUGUGCCCGUUCACCCUUUGGUCCUGGUACUCCAGGAUGGGAAAAAUAAGAGGCUGUUCACAUAGGAUGCGUCUUUCGCUAUUUAUUCAAAAACUGGUAUAUUAAUUUCAUUUGCAUUUGCAUGUGUUAAAUUGUCAGUAAAAAACAAAUUGCAUAAGAUGUUUUAGUCAACACAAAAGUUAAUUUACAACAUGCAAAAAGUUUUGUGUAAAAUAGGAGCUUUUGCCACUGAAGCACUUUGAAUGUUUAUCACUGCAUUUCCAUUACCUUCAAAUUGCGCAAUUUGAAAUUGCAAAUGUCCCGUCAAUAUCGCAAAAAAAGUUUUUAAGCUUGCAUAAGGUGGAUUUUUAGGCAAUAUUGCAAAAUUGCAAUGGAAGCAUUAUUUUGACAUGUAAAAGUCACAUGAUCAUUCUUAACCCUGGAAAACCCACGGGGUCAAAUUUGUUUAAUAGAAUAAAUUUGGAUUUUACUGGGUUCUCCAGGAUUAAAGAUGAAAAAUCGCCCAGAAACACCUCAUACGUGGUUGCUUCCAAGUAUAAGACACUUUCCUUGCUAUUUAUGCUUGGAUAACAUGCCCGCCUCUUCAAUGUAUAAAAAUAAUGGCCAGUGUGGAGGCUGCUAUAUACGUAAACUUAACAACAUCCGUCGCCAUGAUUUUUUCAUGACUUAUCGCGAGAAUAAAAUGUACAACUUAGUCGCAUAACGUCUGUAAAUGUAAACUCGAAAAUAUGGCAAAGUUUUGUGCAAAUCUGCAAUGGAAACCAUGCCACUCUUGGUUUUGUCAGGAUUGUAUGACUUCAUACAUCUGCAUCUAAGGGUGCUUUCACACCUGCCUCAUUUAGUUCAGCUGAAUCGUACCACAGUUUGAUUGCUUACUUGGUGCGGUUCGUUUGGGCAGGUGAGAAUGCAGCAAUCAAACUCUGGUGCGGACCAAACAAGCGGACCGAGACCUCCUGGAAGAGGUGGUCUCGGUACGCUUUUAAACGAACUCUGGAGCGGUUCGUUUGUGGUGAGAAAACGGUCUGAGAUUGAACCGACCUGGACUAAACCAGCUGCCGUAAUCAGCUGUGCAGUGCAUUAUCGGAUGAGGAAGUGUUUGUUAACAGUUUCUAUUACCAAUAUUAGCACAAGACAGAUCGCGGACAUACCUGGAGUUGCGAGGAGGUGCAAGCGGAGCCUCAGAAAUUUGGUGUCUUCGCCGUUUGUAGUGCAUUAAAACAUUGUUUUCAAGCCGCAUCCGCGAUUCAUUCUGGAAAUGAACAGUUUGUCUAGCCUGCUGUAUACAAACUAUGUAUAACAACCACGGACAAAAUUACAGCGCGCAGUCGUAUGUCCACGGUGUCUGCUGUAUUUUCCUCCUUUUGGUUUACUUCCGGGGUUCCGUUGGAAUUUUGCGCACGUUGAUUCUGACCAAUCGAGAAGUAGUUUAAUAAAUACGUUCAAAAGCAUGUGCCCAUUCAGUGAUGUGGAUCUUAUCACAUGACUGAAUUUUGGUUUGUUUCAACUGUGUCGGACCAGAGCAAUCAAUUUGGUGUAAAAAGGAACCAAAACUGCUAAAAGAGCUAUACAAUGUAUCAUUUUUUGCUUUUGGUCCGGACCAAAUGAACAGAACUACAGAUGUGAAAACACCCUAAAUGAAGGUGUGUAUAAGUGGGAGGUAUGACUUUAAGUGGAGUUUUAUUCCACUUUUCCAAAUAUGAAGUUGAAAAAUCAUUAGGUUGAAUGGAAUACAGCAUUAGUUUGCAUGCCUUACACAGAGCGACACAUUUUGAAGACGUCACAGAACGAAAAGUUUGUGACGCAACACGCACUAAAUAGAUGAAUUUGGGUGUAUUUACUUACGGACAAGCAUACUGAGUUUAAUAUCCAUGCAUGUGAGCAAAAGCACCUAUAAACGUUCAAAUUCACUUAUAUUUGUCUUGUGUGAACAGCCUCUUAAAACUGAAUUCUUGUGCAGGACACACACACUUACACAACACAAACACAGUCUGUACAACACCACAAAUAGCUGUGAAAAUGAAUAGGGGUCAUUAAAAUGCCAAAAUAUGCAAACUUUUUAUUCUUCUUACGUUAUACUGAAUUUCAUUAUUUUGAAAUGAGAACAGCAUGUAAUGUGAAAACUGUGUUAGGUCCAUUUAUUUCAUAAAAUCCAUAUAUUUCAUAAUUAUGUUCACAUUCACAGCCAAUGAGGCACCAAAUAGUGCAGGCCGAUGUUAUUAUUAUGGUUAUUAUUAAUGUAUGCUCAUUAAAAUCAUAUCAUGUUUUCAUAUGC